GUUGAAUGGGGGUCGAGUUGAGGAGUAUUUCAGCAAUUUGCCCUUUUAGUUAUUGUCUUUUAUUUAUUUAUUUAUAAAUAUUUUAUUUUAUUUUAUUUUAUUUAGUUAUCGUCACUCCCUCCAAAGUCCAAUCUUCAUAAUUUCCAGGCUUCCACUUUCAGAGAGAGAAUUAGAAUUAGGGUUUGCACUUGCGGUGAUAAGCAACUCCAUGGCUCUGUUGCCAUUUAAUCACCCUUCUUGCACUCUUCCCUCACCACCGCCACCACCACCACAAUCUUCUUCUUCUUCUUCUCCUUCUUGUCUUAUUAGAUAUAAUUUGCCCUCCAAUUCUCCAGUAUUUACAAGUUCUGCCGUCCUCCGCCCUCUCCGUUGGUGCUCAAACCACCACCAGCUCCGGUCUCUGACGCCGGGGAAGGUGACAGGCAGCCUCUCCUCCGCCGUGGAAACUUCAGGUUCAGGCAAUAGCAGUCAAGUUGAGGAAGGAGAGAAGAAGCUGCUACUCCAAGUCAAGGAUUUAACGGCGGUGAUUGCCGAAUCGAAACAGGAGAUUCUCAAGGGCGUUAACCUCACCGUCUACCAAGGAGAGGUUCAUGCCAUAAUGGGAAAGAAUGGUUCAGGGAAGAGCACUUUUGCCAAGGUUCUGGCUGGGCAUCCGGAAUACGAAGUUACAGGAGGCAGUGUGGUGUUUAAAGGGGAAAACUUGCUGGAAAUGGCAGCAGAAGACCGGUCACUUUCUGGGCUUUUUAUGAGUUUCCAGUCUCCAGUUGAGAUCCCUGGUGUCACCAACAUUGAUUUUCUCAACAUGGCUUACAAUGCCCGCAGAAAAAAAUUAGGACUGCCUGAGCUUGGACCAAUUGAGUUCUAUGCUUAUAUCUUUCCCAAACUUGAUCUUGUGAACAUGAAGACCGACUUCCUCAAUAGAAAUGUUAAUGAAGGCUUUAGUGGAGGUGAAAAGAAGCGCAAUGAGAUUUUACAACUGGCGGUUUUGGGGGCAGAAUUGGCUAUAUUGGAUGAAAUUGAUUCUGGGUUGGAUGUUGAUGCACUUCGAGAUGUAGCAAAGGCAGUGAAUGGGUUACUGACUCCACAAAAUUCUGUAUUGAUGAUUACUCAUUAUCUACGACUUCUAGAAUUUAUAAAGCCAACAUGCAUCCAUAUUAUGGAGGAUGGGAAAAUUGUGAAGACAGGCAACAUCUCCUUAGCAGAGGUACUAGAAAAGGAAGGGUACAAAGCAAUUUCUGCAGCAUAACAACAUGCAAAAAGGUAUUGCUAUCUCUUUCUGUCUCUUAAACCUCAAAGUAUCUAUAGUAUUUAAAUAAAAAUCAGAGUAAUUUUUAUCUGACUUAUUUAGUGAAGCUUUGCAACGUAUUGUACUUGAGUCAGGAAUUUGUCCAUUUCAGUUGUUGAAGGUAGGGGGGAAAAAAAAAAAGAAAAAAAGAAAAAAAAAGAUAAAGAAAGCUGGGUUUAGAAAAGCUCGGGUUGUUACUGAUUGAUGAUGACUGCUAUUUAGGUGUAAAACUCCAUUUAGGAGGCCCUCCAUUUGGAUGAAGGAAUUGAAAAUUACAUAAAAUUCUAAAAUGGCGGAAUUUAGAUUUCCAUCAUUUCAAUUUCCGGCAAUUAAAGAUUUCAAUGUUUGGAUUUAUGUAUGUCGAAUUUUGUAAAUGACGGAAUUUUGUGAAUGACACUAUGGAAAUUGUGAAAAGGCGCAUAUUUUGGUGGAAAUUAAACUCGGCGGGAAUUUUAUGCCCAAAUUUCCACGAAUUUUUUUGCGCGUCAUUUAAUAAAUUCCAAACUUAAGUUGCCAAA